CCAGCAGUGAGGGGACGGUUUGCUUUGUGCCCCAUGGGGGAUGGACUCAGCCCCAGCCGGUGCUCGGGGUGCUGUGCCUUGCAGGACGGCAGUGCCAGGGCCGUGUGCUCCGUGUCACAGAGCCGGCGCAGGGCUGGAGGGCUCUGGGGCAGAAGGGCCCUUUGCUGGGAGCACAAAGUCAAAGGGGCUUUGUAUUGAGGCAUGGAAAAACUGCCAAAGAACGGACGCGGUGAUCUCAGCCCCCUCAUUAUCAGGUUGGCUUGGGCAGAAAUUGAGGCUUUUGUAGAGAUUGAGUUCGUGGUGCCUUGAAGAGCAGCAGUGUGUCAUCGCCUCCAUCAGCCCGGGUGGCACACAGGGGUCCAUCUGCCUGAGCCCUUCUGCUUCUUCCCUCUACGUGGAUCCAUCCAAUGGGAGCGCUGUGUUUCCCAUCAAUCCGUGUCUCAGUGCACCUCCCAGCACCACCAGACUGCGAAGCAGCGCACUGGGCCAGGAGCUCUGCUCAGUUCCUGCCGUCACCGCUGGGUUUGGUGGUCUAUCAGUGACAUUCUGUGCUCUGCCUUUAGCAAACUCUCCCAUGUGAGUCCACGUAAAGCAGUCCAGAGCACGGACUGCACUUCAGCAACCCAACCCACCAGGAGGUUUCUUGGCACACCGUUCUUUGCUAUGGGCUCAGGAUGUGUGACUCCACGGUGCCAAAGGGCCCAAAGCCCCAUUCCGUCCCCCAGCUCACACCAUUCCCGUUCCCCUGCAGCCUCCAUCCAUCCCCCAGCACCGGGUGCUGCUCACUGCAUCCCCAGCAGUGAAACUCAAUGUCAGAGGAACUUUGCCCAGGCACGCUCCUCCACUGCUGCUGAGCACGGGCUGACUCACAGCUCCCUGCCUGCUGUGAAUAAUGUUUGCAUACGUGUCUGAGGCCGCUUCCUCUGCCCUGGGACCUACCUGGGGAGAGGAAACGCUCCCAAAGGAUUUUCCCAGCCCUGAUAGCACAUCCUGUCUGCUUUAAGUGCCUUAGAAGGGGGAUGCUUUGAACUUGGGAGAUUUGCAUUCAUUUAGUAUAUCGCUUUUGCCAUCAGCCCUUAGGAUCUGUUUUCCAAGCAAAUCACAAGGAGGGAUUCCCCCACAGCGAUGUCAUGGAGGUUGGGGACAGCCCUCGCAGUGGGUGAGGAUGGGACGGGGGUGGCAGCUCGAAUGUGGGGCUGCACCUGGAGGGGAGAAGGAAGCACCGUCCCCAGCACGGCUCCCGGUUCUCGUCCUGCCUGGCCCCCAGUCCGACCUCUUCCUACCACAGGAUUGAAUGUUAGCCCCGGACAGCAGCAGCAGCACCUUCAUCACAUCCAGAGGGAGGGGAGCAGCAAACUGCAACGCGAGCAGUUGCCGCAAUGCCGCUGUCGCAGAGCAGGGCCGGCCCGAUGCCGUGCAGCAGCAAAGCGUGCAGGAACCUCUUCGGCCCCGUAGACCACGAGCAGAUCCAGAACGACUUUGAGCAGCUGUUGAGGCAGCAGCUGGAAGAAGCUCAGCGGCGCUGGAACUUCAACUUCGAGACCGAGACGCCCCUGGAAGGGCACUUCAAGUGGGAGAGGGUCCUGCUGGCCGAGCAGCCCCCCUGGGAGGCCUUCAGCCUGGCCAAGGCCACCAGCGGCGGUGACAAUGGGAGCUCAGCGCCCCGCCGGGUCCCCCCCAGGGAUGGUGUCGGUGGGGCUCAUCGUGGGGCAGCCCAGCAGAGCUCAGAGCUCUCCGGGGUCGGUUCUCCCCAGCGCUUGAAACGCGGGCAGACCACCAUCAAAGACUUCUACGGCUCCAAGAGAAGAGUUGUCCACGAUAAGCCCAAGCUGUGACUGCUGCUGCUGAGGAUGGGUGCUGAUGCUGACGUGCCCUGGGGGCGCCGUGGCUCUUUCCCUGCCCUGUACUGUCUAAGCUGUCUGUACGAAGCAAUGCCGAGUCUGUAGUUCCCUAUUUAUGAGUAGCUCUGGGGUCCUGAGGGGCCCACACUGUGCAAUGUAUAGGAAGAGCCCACGCUGAAGACCACGGAAGGGACUGAGGAGGACUGGAAUGGGGCAGGUGGGGCUGAGGGUGUCCCCUGCCCCGUGUUGCUGUGGCCCAGCACCGUCCCUGCAGCAUCCUGGUGCCCGGCUGUGGUCCGUCACCGUCUGCUGCCCUGCAUGGAGCAGCUCCAGAACCCUCAGAGCCUCACUGGUGUGGAUCACAGCUGGGUGUGAGCCCUGCGUGGAGCUGCUCCCAGUGACUCAGCGAUGCAUUUGUCACAGAGCGGUGACAAAUGUGCUGGAGGUGCCCCGUGGGGCCAGCACUGCUCGGGAGGCUCUGGGCUGCUCCGGGCUCUGCUGACCCAUGGCUGGCUGUGUUCCUGGUGUGGCGUUGGCUCGCUGUGCCUCAUUCAAUGCUGACACUAAGCUGGAUGGAGAGCUGCUGCUGCUUGGCACUGCCAGGCUGCUCCAGGGGCGGAGCGCUGCUCAGCAGCAGCUGGAAGAAGUGACAGCCCUCUCCUGGACUGUUUCCUGCUUUGGGGCUGGGGGAGAGGACCCCGGCCUGGCUCUGCAGAGCAGCUGCUGUUGUCUCUGUGACCCAGGGGUGUCCUGUAGGAUGCAGCCCUGCUCUCGAGGCUCUCCACGCUGUUGGGUCUCAGCACUUUCACUGGGUUCCCCUCCUGCCCCUCUGUGCUGGGACUCGAAGCGGCACAGGGUGGUCCCAGGCAGAGGAGGUGGGCGCUGCUCCCAGCUCAUCCCGUGAUGCACUUUGCUGUCGGAGAUGCUGGCAAGUGCCCAGCACUACGUGUUUAUUUAUGAGAAUGCUAUUUGGGGCUUCUUGGAAGGGGAAAUAACCUGUUUGUCUGUGUGUGUAACUGAAUAAACACUCGUCUCAUGGAA